UGGUCGCGGGACUCAAAAGGCCGAACUCACUAAAAACGAACAAAAUUUAUUUAGCAUUUACCUCGGACCCAAAACGCAGCCCUUCGAACGAACCUCCUUAUUCGAGCUGCGAUUUGAAUUUCGAUUUAGUUUUUUUUUUCUAUAGUUGUUGUUGCUUCAGACUGGCAAAUAUUUGAAUGAAAUCAAUGUGUUGUUUGUUUGCACCCGUAAAUCGGGCUCAUUCGCAGAGUGCCCAUUGAAUUUAGUGCGAUUUUGGACAGAGAGCGAAUCUAUUUCGGAGGAAGAAGCAUGCGGGAUUUUUCAUUCGUUUCGUUUGGAUGGCGUUGAACCGUAACAAUUUCGAGUUGAUUUUUUUUUAUUGAUAAAAGAAUAUCCAACGGUAACGCGCGCCGCGGCCACGUUCAAUCGCGAAAAACGAAAAGAAGCAACCCGUAAAGUAACAUACACACACACACACACUCAACAUGGACAAACAAAAAGACUCCAUUUCAAAUGACUGAAACGAAAAGCCUAUAAGUUUCGGUGUAAUGAGGUCAAUUUCUUUGCAUUGAUGAUUUCCAUUUGCGGUUGUGUUUGUGUGUAUACGAGACAGAGAGAGAGAGAGAUAGAGUUUAUCGGUGUAUGUGUGUGUCUGUGUGCGAUUUAAGUGAAACUUAAACGAGUGGUAUAUAUUCAUCGAUGCUUUUUGGGACAAAUCAAAUGCAUUGAACGACAAAAGAGCGAAAAAAAAGGUUAUCGAAAAUCGGGGUUCCGCCAACACGUCGUCAUCGGUGGUGAUCGUCGUCGACGGCGAUUGUGCAAAAAGAAAAGUGAACAUAAACAACUUGCUGGAAAAGCGAAGGGAAAAAAAAAAAACUAGUGAUUAAAGUUGUUUCAAGCACCAAAAACUAAGUUUCAAUGUGAAAUUCCAAUCGAUCCGCCUUUUGCAUUCUCCUUUGAUUCGGAGACACAAGUACUCAAGCGACACACAUUCAAAACGCAACGAAUUAAAGAAAAAAAAACCGAAAAAAAACACAAACAUUUUGUCGCUAAUUCGUUGGUGAGAGAAAAAUAUAGACACAAACCAAAAAAAAAAAACCAAAGACACUUACUUAUUUUUCAUUCUAUGCUCUCGGUGAAAAACGAACAAUUUCAUACGGUUUUGCCUUAAUCCCCCUACAUCAUUAACAAAAAUACAAAAACUCAUUCCAUUACAGCGUUGUUAACAAUAAAAAAAAAACGCCACAUUCUCAUUUCAAUCAAACGCAGCUAACACAUUCAGAAGAGAGAAAAAAAAGUACCGUUCCGAACCAAACAAUUGACCGUUUGCCGCAAAACAGAUAUUAUGCAAUUUUCUUUUUUGAAAGUAGCGCAACAAGAACUUUAAAAUCGAAUGUAAAUUUUUUUUUUAUCAAGAACCAAAAAAAAAGAAGAGAAAAUCAAAUAACGAAACGACAGACCAAAGCACUAAACAUACCAAUUAAAAUCAAACACAUACACACGAUUUUUUGAAUAUGGUUUCUGGCCCUCAAAAUAACCAUCGUGAUACUGAAGAGGCCGAUGCACAUGCUGAAACGAACGUCAACACAUCUGAAGUGGAGCAGGACGAUCAAGAAGAAAUUGACGAUCAAGAAGACGAACAAGACGUGAUUUACACGGAAGACGAUUCCAACAAUAAUCCAGACGCUGAACACUUAGAGGAUACGCACGGUGGUCGCAACAGCGAUAACAAUACACGUAGCAUGCCGAAUGAAAAUAUCAACGAUGCAGCCAAUUCAACACAUGAUGCACAAAAUCAAGAUAAUCACACAUCCGUUGGACAUCACAUGAAAAAUAGCCCAUCGGAUGAAGAUUUUUAUGGCGGACCGUCAACAGGUGGUUUUGGUCAUCAAUCCGAUGGUAAUCCGCGUGGUAUGCAUAUGCACGGUCCCGAUAACAUGAGUGAAAAUUCAUCGCAGGCACCGGGUUUGGUGCGAUCAAAAUCACGAACCGAUAUGAGUGGUGCAAGUAGUCGAUACCAGAAUCUAUCAUAUUGGAAAGCCCGUCGUUUGAUCUUCUAUCGAAAUGGUGAUCCAUAUUUCCCAGGCGUUGAAUACCGUUUUAAACCGGGUCGUGAUGUGAAUAGCUUAGAGUCAUUGUUGGAUAAAAUUUCGCCGAAAAUGGAUUUGCCACGCGGUGCACGGUACGUAUUCUCAAUGGAUGGCGAUCGAAAGUACACAUUGGACGAACUGGAAGAUGGGGCUUCGUACGUUCUAUCCUCAUUGAAAGUUUUCAAGCCAGCCAGUUACGGUAAAAAGAACGGCAUGUGGUAUGCAUCGCCAGGAAAUCAAGGUUGGGGCAAUAAAUCAGCCGCACGCAAUUCAUCGGUUUUGGAUGCAGACAUCACACCAAACGCACCAAACGUACUCAAACCGAGCGCGGGCCGCGUCAUUCGCAUCGUCAACAAUUUGGAUCAUAAUGUUCAGUGUCGAGUUUUACUCAAUUUACGAACAUCACAGCCGUUUGAAGAAGUGUUGGAGGACCUAGGGCAAGUAUUAAAAAUGACCGGUGCAAAACGUAUGUACACCACGACGGGCGAUGAAGUGCGAAGCUUUUCACAGCUACGUAAUGAAUUUGCGGAUAUUGAAACAUUCUACCUGGACAGUAGUGCAACGGCAAUUGCACCAAUUGGAUCGCCCAUUCGACGUUCACGAUCACGCAAUAAUGUGUCGGCGGCAGCAACAGCCGCGGCAACCGUUUUACAUGACGAACCAAUUAAACCGUCCGUACGACAGAGAGCCCGUAGCAAGAGCCGACCACGUGUGCUGUAUGCACCGGAAAAUGAAAUUGCAAACCGUGGCAGUGCCGAUUUUACCGCAUUAGACAUUGCCAAAGAGGAUCCAAUUAAAUUGAACAUACGCGGUUUACGUCGUACAUUCUAUCCACCAAUACAUCAUCCACCUGUUGAUAAUACAGCACCAGAUAAAAAAUUACAAUUGCAAUGGGUACACGGCUAUCGUGGAUUGGAUGUACGUAAAAAUCUAUGGGUUCUACCAUCUGGGGAAUUAUUGUACUUUGUUGCUGCUGUUGCCGUUUUGUAUGAUCGCGAUGAAGAGACACAAAGACACUAUACUGGGCACACAGAAGAUAUUAUGAGCAUGGACGUGCAUCCCUCACGUGAACUGGUAGCAUCAGGUCAACGGGCGGGUGCCGACCGUAAAUCACAAGCACAUGUUCGCAUUUGGAGCACUGAAUCACUUCAAACACUUUACGUCUUCGGAAUGGGCGAACUGAAUGUUGGCGUCACGGCAGUUGCUUUCUCUCAAUUGAAUGGUGGUAGCUAUAUACUUGCGGCUGAUGCCAGUCCGGAGAGUGUGCUAUCUGUGUGGCAGUGGCAAUGGGGACAUUUAUUGGGAAAAGUUUCGACAUUGCAAGAGAAUUUAUCUGGUGCAGUUUUCCAUCCGUUGGAUGAUAAUUUGAUUAUAAGUCAUGGACGGGGUCACCUAUCAUUUUGGCAUCGUCGCAAAGAUGGUUUCUUUGAGCGAACGGAUAUCAUAAAGCAGCCAUCGCGAACGCAUGUGACAAGCGUUCAAUUCGAGCCAGAUGGCGAUGUUAUUACAGCCGACACCGAUGGCUUCAUCACAAUUUACAGUGUUGACGCGGAUGGAGCUUAUUUUAUACGAAUGGAAUUCGAAGCGCAUAGCAAAGGCAUAAGUUGCUUGGUAAUGUUGUCCGAGGGAACAUUGUUGUCGGGUGGUGAAAAAGAUCGUAAAAUUGCCGCUUGGGACUCGUUACAAAAUUACAAACGAAUCACAGACACAAAACUACCUGAAUCGGCCGGUGGAGUACGCACAAUUUAUCCGGUUCGACCGGGUCGCAAUGAUGGCAACAUUUAUGUUGGUACCACGCGUAAUAGCAUCGUUGAAGGUUCACUCCAACGACGAUUUAGCCAAGUGGUGUUUGGUCAUGGAAGACAAUUGCUUGGCUUGGCCGUACAUCCAGAGGAGGAGAUUUUCGCAACAGCCGGUUGUGACAAAAACAUUGCCUUAUGGCGUAAACAAAAACUUUUAUGGACUUGCCAUUCCGGUUACGAAUGCGUAUCCUUGGCAUUCCAUCCAUUUGGAUCAGCACUGGCGGUUGGCAGCACCGAAGGACAUUUACUCAUAUUGAACGCAGAAAAUGGCACCAUUAUGAUCACAUUGAGAGUUUGUGGCUCGCCAUUGAACUGCAUUAGCUAUAAUCAAGUUGGCGAUAUGAUUGCAUUGGGAUCACAAAAUGGUUGCAUUUAUCUGUUCCGGGUUUCGAGAGAUGGAUUUUCUUAUAAAAAACUAAAUAAAAUUCGAGGAUCACAGCCUUUACAGCACUUGGAUUGGAGCAUAGACGCAUUCUACUUGCAAUCGGUUACAGUCGAUUUUGAUCUUCUGUUCUGGGAUGUAAGAUCGUUGUCACCUGAACGCAGUCCAAUCGCUAUGAAGGAUAUCAAAUGGUUGACACAAAAUUGUACGGUCGGAUUUUUGGUUGCGGGUAUGUGGAACAAUCGAUAUUAUUCGAAUUCAUCAACAACAAUUACGACAUGUAAUCGAGCUUCUGGACACGAUAUGCUGGCGUCUGGUGAUGCAGAAGGCUACAUUCGCUUGUUCAGAUAUCCGUGCAUCAGUAAUCGCGGUGAAUAUCAUGAGACGAAAACAUAUUCGGGUGCAAUUGGUAGUGUACGAUUUUUGUAUGGUGAUCGAUCGUUGAUUACGGUGGGUGGCACUGAUGCAUCGUUAAUGAUUUGGGAUUUGAUUGAAGAAUAACCUCGGUGGGCGGCGUGGCGCAGUUCAUAUGUAGAGCCACAGCAGCACCCACAAACCGUCCUAGAAUCACAACGUUCAUUUAUUGCAUCUCCCGUAUGUACCGAUAGUAUAAUGCCAAACAAAUGGAAUACCAGGAACGAGCGACGAGACAGUUCACCACCACCAACGAUCAUGUAUAUGGAAAGAGAUAGACAUCGAAAUCAUCAGCGCGACCGAGGCUCCCAUUACUUAGACCAUCGAAUAUUUUCACCGAACGAUUCAUUUUCCAUAGUUGACUUCGAUUGAUCCAAUCGUUGAAUGGAAGUUUUUUUCUCUCUCCAAUCGUUCCAAUUGAGACGUCAUCAAUCAACUCAGCAUAAUCCUGUUUUCUGUGUUCAAGCGAAAGAUUUCCGAGCUACGGUGAUGUCAAAUGAGAGUCGCAACCAAUAAACGCACCGAUAAUAACGCCGUUCUUGGAUCUGAACCAAACAAAAAUGGCUCUUCCAAAGUGUGAAGCACCACACACACUUUUUGCACCAAACAAAUUUGAAUAUUACCCGUUAAUAAUUGUUGCAAGAGUCAAAAAUACAGAAACAUUCAGUUUAACAAGAACAAAAGAAAACGAAGAAGAAGAAGAAGAAGGACAUUUUUUACGAAACACAAUAUUUUCCGACCACGACAUUUUUAAUGAAAUAUUGUCGUCGAUCAACCAAAAUCAUCGUGUUCAAGCUCAAAAUGAAUCGAUGAUCACACCCACACACACACACACUCACACACCAAGGAAUCGUUAGUCAUUUCCAUCUAUUUGAAUAAGAUUUUUUUUUUGCUAAAUGCUUCAAUGAACUUUGCCUCUUUUCUCAUACGCGCUCGUGCAUCGUCCAGCUUCCAAUCAAAAUCAACGUUUUGAUUUUGUUUUAUACUUUUGUCUCAACACAACCAAAAAAAAACAACAAUUUUAAACCAAUUUUCUCAGAAAAAAUCUUUUCGGCAUUUCGAUUCCAAACGUAAAACAAAGUGUGACAAGUAGAACAAUCUCAACCAGCUUUAAUUUUGUCUUCUGAUUAAAUCGUCGUCAUCGAAACACAUACAGGUCACACAUGUGCUUCAUUCAUCCAAGCAAUGGUCAUGAUUUAGAUAGACAGAGAGGGUGAAUCUCUCUCUCUCUCUCUCUGUUGAGAAAGUAUUGAAUCAAUUUUCAAUAUUUUUGGUAUGCUCACCUUGAUUUCCUUCAAUUUGUGCUUCCUAAACGAUUGUUUUUUCUUCCAUUUUCAUCUUUUGUUUUUUUUUCAAUUGUUUUUGUUUCAUUUGCCGAAUUUUCCGAACGGAAAAAACUCACAGAACUCUUUGUAUGACACAGACAAACUUGAAACGACUUUAAUCAUGACACAUACACAUUGCUUUUGAAACUCAUUCCAAAACUAUCAAUGAACAACAACAAGAAACAAAGCAAUUAUACCAACUGUAGCAUUUAAGCAAUUAGCUGUGGACCACUUCUCCUGUCUAUAGCGCCAGUCAACAUCAUUUUCAUUGGAAAUGAUACGAAACUUUUUCACUACACUUCCAUCUUCAUACACCAAAUAAUUUAACGCCGAUCUUUUUUCGAAGCAUUAAUUUAUUGAUUUAUUUCCCUUUUGUGAUUUAUUCGGUUGAAUUUGAAUUCUUCUGUUGACCUUUUCUUUUCCUGACCAAAACUAAAACAACGAACAAACAAAAGUAAAUCUGAAUCACCGCAAAAAAAUAUUCCUUUCGGACGGGAGAAUUACGUAAAACAUGCAAAUCAUCUCUCGCACCCUUGUCUCACUAGUGUUAAACAAUUUUGUUUAAACUUUGAUCAAAAUAAAAAUGAACUUAAUUAAACCAAA